UCCAUUGAGCUCUGUCGCGUUCAAGUUCUUGUUCUCUGUGAACUUACGAAGUUUUGUUCAAAAAUAUGUCGCAAGAAAUUCAAAAGAAAAAAAAGAUGGAUAUGUCAAAGGCUUCGCGCGGUAUUUGGCUAGUAAAGGUGCCCAACUAUGUGGCCCAAAUGUGGGAGCAGGCGCCAAACGAUAUGCAAGUGGCAACAAUGCGCAUGGAAAAGUCCGGCGACGAUAAGGAACCAGCCAAGGUGAAAUUGAUUUUAAGCCAGGACCUAAUGCAACUGGCUCCAGACAAACUCUUAGCCAGCGAGCACGACCUGAAGCUGUGCAAAGCCAUAAAAGGGGCACGGCUUACGGGCAUAUUUUCAACAAUCGAUGAUACAGAUUCCGUCAUGGAAGGCUGGGUAACCCACAAGAUGGAAUGUCUGCCCAUAUGCAAUGCUCAGUACCUGAAGAUGAAGCAGCAGUCCAUACGGGGCGUACGACCCAUGCGCAGCGCCGAAGCCCUCAAUCAUAUUGUGAAGAGCUACAAGCCUGUCAGCAAUCAUGCUCACAAUAAGGAUGAUGGCAAACGCAAGAAGGAUGCCACAAAGGUGCUCAGCAAGGAGAACAUCAUGGAUAUGCUGUUUCAGGCCUUUGAGAAGCAUCAAUACUAUACGCUGAAGGAUCUGCAAUUCAUUACCAAGCAAUCGGUGUUUGUGUUGAAGGCUAUACUCAAGGAUAUUGGCGACUAUAGCAAGGAUCCGGCUCAUAGACAGAUGUGGGAACUAAAGGAGGAAUAUCGUCACUACCAAAAGCCAGAAAAUGAAACUAAAUAAACAACAGAUUGGAGAUGGGCCGCGGGGAAUUUCCGGAUCAUGCGAAAAUCCCUUUACGUAUAUUCAAAACCUCCACAAGGUUUCCCUUUCGUUGCCAACUCAACAAUGUAUUGUAUAAAUAUACAUGGCGUGCUUGGCCCUAAAUAAUAA